CUGUGUGUGAUGUCUGGGCUGGAGAGUGGCUUUUAAAGAUGGCCGGAACGGCUCCCGUCUACUGUGUCUGCCGGCAGCCCUACGACGUGAGCCGGUUUAUGAUCGAAUGCGACAUCUGCAAGGACUGGUUCCACAGCAGCUGCGUGCGAGUCGAGGAGCACCAGGCGGCCGACAUCGACCUUUAUCACUGCCCCAACUGUGAAGUGUUACACGGACCCUCCCAGCUAAAGAAGAGAAGGAAUUGGCAUCGACAUGAUUAUACCGAACCGGAUGACGGCACCAAACCUAUCCAAGCCGGGACGACAACCUUUAUACAGCAGCUGCAAGCGCGGACCUUUCCCAGCGCCGACGAGGUGAUCCUGAAGAUGAACGGCAGUCAGCUGACGCAGAGGUACCUGGAAAAGCACGGAUUUAACUUUCCCAUCAUGGUGCCGAGGCUGGAAGAUCUGGGUCUCAGGCUGCCGCCGCCUACCUUUUCCGUGAUGGACGUGGAGCGCUAUGUCGGUGGGGACAAGAUAAUCGACGUUAUCGAUGUGGCAAGACAGGCAGACAGCAAAAUGAAGCUCCGGAACUUUGUCAAGUAUUUCAUGAACCCCGACCGCCCCAAAGUAUUAAAUGUCAUCAGCCUGGAGUUCUCAGAUACCAAGAUGGCGGAGCUGGUUAAAGUACCGGACAUCGGCAAGAAGCUUUCUUGGGUGGAGAACUACUGGCCGGAUGACUCUGUCUUCACAAAGCCCUUCGUUCAAAAGUAUUGCCUGAUGGGUGUCAAGGACAGCUACACGGACUUCCAUAUAGACUUUGGGGGGACCUCUGUCUGGUAUCAUGUCCUCUGGGGGGAAAAGAUUUUCUACUUGAUCAAACCCACUGAUGAAAACUUAGCACUGUAUGAAUCAUGGAGCUCUUCCGUUACCCAAAGCGAGGAAUUUUUUGGGGACAAGGUGGACAAAUGUUACAAAUGCGUUGUCAAGCAGGGACACACACUUUUCGUCCCAACAGGCUGGAUACACGCUGUCCUCACCUCUCAGGAUUGCAUGGCCUUUGGAGGGAACUUUCUGCACAACCUUAACAUUGGCAUGCAGCUCAGGUGUUACGAGAUGGAAAAAAGGCUGAAGACACCGGAUCUCUUCAAGUUUCCUUUUUUCGAGGCUAUUUGUUGGUUUGUGGCCAAAAAUCUACUUGAAACUUUGAAAGAAUUGCGAGAAGACGGAUAUCAUCCUCCAAAUUAUUUAAAGCAUGGCGUGAAGGCGCUUAUCACUGCGCUAAAGAGUUGGAUGAAGAAAGAAUCUGUAUCAGAACACGCUUUCGAAAUCCCGGAGAACAUCAGGCCCGGGCAUCUCAUUAAAGAGCUUUCUAAAGUGAUCCGUACGGUAGAGGAGGAAGGGAGCAAGCCGGUCAAGUCUCAGGGAACUCACGAUCUGUGCCCACUCUCCCGGUCCUCGCACGAGAAGUCCGCGCAUCAUUCCGGGCGGAAAGCUCGGAGACUCCGGGAUCAGUCCAGUAAAACCCCGACUAACCUCGAUAUCCUGGAGCAUCACACCAGGGAGGUGCUGAAAAGGUUGGAAAUGUCUCCGUGGGAAGAGGAUCUGGGGAGCUCUAAGCUGAACGCAAGGUUUAAUAAACCAUUGCAGCCUUCAACGGCGGAGCCGGACAAGAAAAUGAGAGACAACGAUAUGCGCCUCGUGCUCUCCAAUGGAAGGAUAAUCAGGGACGAAAGACGACCGUUCACUGACCGGAGCCUUUACACCGCGGACAGCGAAGACGAAGACGACCGAGCGAGGUCGAGAAAGACGAUGGAUAUCAAGGUGGAGGCGCCGUGCUGCAGCUCUGACAACGAUGAUCAGACCGAAAUGCAGAAACCACUUAACAUGUUUUUCGAAAGUGUCAAAUCGGAACUCAGGAAUGGAGGAUCCUCAGAAUAUUCCGAUAGCUCUGAUUCCGAAGGAUCCAAAGCCAGUUGCACUAACGAGAAAAGCUCCUCGGAGGAGUCUGACAGCUCAGGUGACGAGGAGCAGCAGGAAAGCUUUCCGAAUAGUGAGGAAGAUUACCCAGCGAGGGAAAUUUCCUAUGAUCUGAACAUACGCAGAUCUGCUGCCCCAAUGCCAAGUAAAAGUGACUGUUCUACCUCGACCAGCAUGGAGGAAGAAGCGAUUCAGGGUAUGCUUUCUAUGGCUGGAUUGCACUAUAAACACUUCCCGGCAGAGGCCAGGAGCAAAACGGGCAGAAGUUACCCGCAUCUGCACAUCAAAAUCUCCCAGGGAAGCGUCCACCAUAACUCUGAUUCCAGCAGCCAGCGGGCCGACGAUAACCGUCACCAUAGUAAUGAGGCUACAGAAAUGAGCACUCCCGGUUGGAUACGGCAGCUCGAUGCAUCCUGUAGGCUUAGUCCGGAUCCGUGUAAACUUCCCAAUGCUGAGCAAGAAGAGCUUUCCCCCGACGGCUGCAUGAAGCCCAUGAAGAUCCAGCGCUUCUCCGAGAGCGAGAGCUGGGAUUCCGCCAGCUACCUGCCCGAAAAGUACGACCAGGAGUCCAGCCUCAGCCCCGGCGAUUGCCACCUGAGUGACGGCAGCCUCAGCCCCGAAAGGAUAUACGGCGAGACCUCGCUCAUAGUACCUCUCCACCCCACCAAGAGACCUGCCUCGAAUCCUCCACCUAUCAGUAACCAGGCAACUAAAGGUAAACGGCCAAAGAAAGGCAUGGCCACGGCCAAACAGCGCCUAGGAAAAAUCUUGAAGCUCAACAGACACGGUCAUGCGCGCUUCUUCGUCUGACACCAAGCGCCCUCACGGUCUUUCCUACACAUAACAGUAUUGAGGCGAGAGGAGCCCGGAGCUUCCUCGGUCCUCCUGCUAAUGGGUCGUUCCACGACAAACACUGCCCGACGAACAAAGAUUAUCGAGCUUUCACUGUGCCACGUCCGCUCAGCAAUAACCGGAGGUGAAUGGUGGAUCCGGAACUCAAGGACUGGUGGGGGACUCGGACGGUGGAAUGAAAGCCCCUUUUACUUCUUGGAAUAGAUUUUAUCGCUUAUUUUUUUUUUUUUUUUUUCUCUCUUUUGGCAAGUCUGCCCACAUGGAGGGCAAUGGGGGGUGGCAUAUGGGGUUUGGGAUGCGGGGUGGGCAUGGAUGCUGGGUGAUCUCCAAUAAUUUAUUUCAGACAGAUUUCUAAAUGAUUUUGCUUCCAGAAAAUAAUUUUUUAUUUUUUUUUUCUUAAUAAUUUAUUUCAAUUUUUUUUCUGGAGCGUCUUAUUAAUUUUUAGAUUUAUUUUUGUUUUGUUUUUAAAGCAAUGUGAAGGUUGUUUAUUAUUUUCUUUCUGUGUUUUGAUACUCGUGUGGUGCAGGGGCCACAGGAACAGGAAUUGUACUGGUUUUUGUUAACUUGAUAUUCAGGUUGUAGUCUUAAACAGGUAUUUAAUGCAUUUUUUUAAUUAUUCUUAAAUUAAGACAUUUAAUAUGAAAUCUUUUUUUUUUUAUUCUUUUUAUAAGCUGUCGGCUCAUUUGCAGCCAAGCUAUAGGUAACACUGUAUUUUAUUUGUACAUGGGAGUAGGUCUUUUUUUUUUUUUUUUUUUUUUUUUUUUUCCUGGAAGAAAUAAGGGCUAUUUUUUUGUUAUUUGCCAGGUUUAAAAUUUUGAUUUUUGAACCAGUUACUUGGCAUAAAAAAAGAAAAAAAAAAUGCUUAAAAAUAGUCCUCGCUCCUCUCGGUCGCGCAUGCACCGAUGGAGUACACAGAUGGUGCUAGACACGGAAGUAGGUGGCAUUCGGUCAUUAUCGCCGUGUGGUCGAGUACCGGGAGACUCUGCUACAUCACUUGACCUCCAACACCUGCGGAGAAGAAGAAAUUGGUAAAAGUCGGACGCAAGACCGUAUAUUUUUAACUCUUAAAGGCGUAUGUUUACUGAUGUCAUUUCUCUGGAUUUUUUAUUAAUUAUUGGGGGAAAAAAAGCUUUAAUUCAAAUGACAGACAUCGCGUCUAACGAGCAGCCUUUCAAUACAAACCGCAAGGAUCUCAGGGUAAUGAAUUUGGAAGAUGGCCAAAAAAUAAUUAAAAAAACGUUUUUAAUCGGGAUUUUAAUUGCUUACGGUGGUGGUCCGGCCAUCUGAUGCUUUUCACCUCCGCUUGACAUGAUGAUGUCAGCCAUUGGCUCGCUGAAGGAGGCGGGACUGCAGUGAUGGGAGCCUACUGUU